CGGGAAUCGUUUAGUCAAAUCUGGUCACUGUGCUGAAGUUCAAUUUAGGUUAUAUAUAUACAUAUGUGAUCUAUAAGAGUUUUCUGGCCGAAGCCUCAAUUUGGUUAGCCCUCAGAAUAUUUUUGGAGAAUGGUUUGUAAUUUGUCAACGAGGCUGAUGAAUAUAUGUGUGGCUUCAUUUUGUAAAGUCCAACAACUGGAGAAAGCAGAAGCUGUUAUUAUCGAUGCUAUUAGGUUAGGAACCCUACCGAAUGUUGUUACGUACAACACAUUGGUUGCUGCAUAUUGUCGUUUUGUUGAUCUCGAUGCAGGCUAUUCAAUUUUAAGUAGAAUGAAAGAGGCAGAUAUACAUCCAGAUGUAGUUACUUAUAAUUCUUUGAUAGCUGGUGCUUCCAACCAUUUUUUACUUUCGAGAUGCUUUGAUCUGUUUGAGGAAAUGAUUAAAGUCGGAAUAUCUCCCGAUGUUUGGAGUUAUAAUACUAUAAUGCAUUGCUUUUUUAGAUUAGGAAAACCCGAGGAGGCCAACAAGGUCUUUCAUAAUAUUGUCAUGAACAAACUCUCUCCUUGUUCUACCACAUUUAAUACCAUGUUUAAUGGUCUCUGCAAGAAUGGGUAUUCAGAUAAUGCCUUAUCCCUAUUCCGACAUAUAAAAAGACAUGGGUUUAUUCCUCAGUUAAUAACUUACAACAUAUUAAUUGACGGGCUUUGUAAAGCGGGUCGGUUACAGGCUGCAAGAAUGGUGCUUAAGGAGCUUGGGAAAUCAAAUCUGUCACCCAAUGCCAGUACUUAUACUACCGUGAUGAAAUAUUGUUUCCGAUCGGGGAAAUUCGAAGAAGGAAUAGAAAUCUUUCAUGAAAUGAAAAAUAAAGGAUAUACAUAUGAUGCGUUUUCUUAUUGUACAGUCAGCAGUGCCUUUGUUAAAAGGGGUAGAUUGGAAGAAGCAUAUAGAUGUUUUGAGUUAAUGGUUGAAAAAGGGAUUGAGCUUGAUAUCGUGUCGUACAAUAUCUUGGUUAAUAUGUAUUGCAUAGACGGUAGGUUGGAGGAAGUUUAUGACUUGUUGUAUGAGAUUGAACAAGCGGGGUUUCAAUGUGAUGAAUACACGCAUACUGCACUUAUUGAUGGUCUGUGCAGAGCAGGUAAUUUUGAUGGUGCGUUGUGUCAUCUAAAGUAUAUGGAUACAUUGGGGUUUGAUUCUAAUUUAGUUGCUUAUAAUUGUAUGGUUGAUCGGUUGUGUAAAGCUGGUUACAUUGAUGAUGCUUUCAAGCUUUUUACGAAGAUGGACCCUAGAGAUUGUAUAACCUACACGUCUAUGGUGCAUAACCUUUGCAAGGAACGGAGAUUUUUGACUGCUUCUAAGGUUCUGUUAGCCUGUUUAAACCAAGGAAUGAAGGUGUUUAGACCUACCCAAAGGGUUGUUAUCAAAGGUCUUCGAUCGUCGGGUUUAUACUCGGAAUCAAGGAAGCUUGAAUCAAAAAUAAAACUAGCUAGAGUUUUCCAGUAUUUAUAGGAUCAAUCAUUGAGUGGGAUAUUACAGAAUCAUAAUAUUUUUUGUGCAGAAAAACAAUCCCAAGCUAUAAUGUGUAGAUGUGCUCGAACGUUCUGAGGAGUUCUCUUUCUGUGAGGUAUGUAUUCCAUUCAGUGACUGGGGCUUUGCCAAAUCAUGGUGAGCUCCCACACAAUAUAAAGUGGAAUCAAAAAGUGAACGGUGGCUCAGAUACAUAAACUGACUGUGUAUAAGAACUUUUACCAGAAAUUAUAGUGUACAUGGGGCAUCUAUAAAAAAUUGAUGAAGGAAAAUCAGGUAAGAUUGACUGAAGAAGAUGAUUUCAUGCUGUAGCAUUGAUUUUAGAGAACAGUGUGAUGCUAUUCUGCGGGAUUCUUGUAAAUUUGAUGUUAGAUCCGUAGUAGACAAGGUGCUAAGCUACCACUUGGAUCUGCUAAACAGUGAUCCUGGCUAAACAAUACUGGAACAAUGACCAUUUAGUUGAAUCAUCAAUGCCAUUCUCGUUUAUAAAACUAAAUUCAUUUGAUUCUUU